AUGAAUGAUAAUUAUAAUGAAACAAUAAGACAAGGUUUUUUAUGUCCAUUUUGUUUUAAAGAUUUAGGAAAUCCAUCUAAUUUAUUGAAUCAUGUAGAGGUGUAUCAUAAAGAAAAUGCAAAAAAUGAUGUUGUUGAACAUAUAAGAGAUCUCUUUGGAAAAGCAAAACAAAAAAUAAAAUCAUUUGAUGGAAAUGAAAGUAAUGAUAAAAGUGAUGAAAUUAUUCAGCAAAAAAAUAUAAGUAUGGCAUUAUAUCCUGAAAAACAUGAAUUAGGAAAAUAUAGAAAUUUUAAAGAUAUAUUCUUUAAAGAAAGAGAUAAUAUUGUUCGUAAAACUACUGAAGAUACUAAUCAAUUAAUAAUUAGACUUGAUAAACUUCUUACUGUUUGCCCAGAUGAUGUAAAUAGAAAAAAAGAAUUGGAAAAACAAGUUGUUCCAUGGGCACCAGAUAAAGAUUCAAAUUGUUGUUCUUAUUGUCAACAAACUUUUAAUAUAACAAGAAGAAGGCAUCAUUGUCGUCUUUGUGGUAAAAUAAUAUGCGCAAAUUGUUCAAAAUUUUUAUCAUAUAUUACGGCUAAAAAACUUAUUAAUCCAGCUUUUGCUGCUCAAAUAUUAGAAUCUUUUAAAAAUGUUGAUGAAUUAAAUAAGAAUUCACAAUUAGAAAAAGCAAAUACUUUAUCAUCAAUAAGAAAAAUGAUUUCCAGUGCUUCAACUGAUUCAUUUAGUAAGAUGAAAGCAAAAUCAGAGAAAUUAAUUUCACAAUUAAUAAAUAGAGAUGAAAGUCAAAAUAGUAUAUCAUCUUUAAUAAUACAGGAAGAAAAUGAACAAUUUAGAAUAUGUGCAAGAUGUAAAGAAUUACUUGAGAAACGUGAUAUGUUAAUGGAUCAAAUAGCUUCAACACCAAUUAUUAUUCAAUUGUAUGAAUCAUUAAUUGAAAAAUUAAAUGAGAUUAAAAAACUAGUUCCAAUCUAUUGCAAAAUGGCUAAUUCACUUAAUGAAGGAGAAAAUUUAUACACUCUUUCAAAUGCUAUUCAAUAUCGAAAAAAUAUUGCUUUAUAUCAAAAGGAUGUUGACUCAAUUAGUCAUAAUAUAGAAAAUCUUGGAGUCAAUAAUGAAUACUCACCAACAAAAGUAACAGCAAUGGAAAUUAAAUUACAAAAAAGUAUUCGAAGAUAUGCAAUUAUGGUUGUUCAGGAUAUUAUAAGUGAUAUACCAGAUAUACCAUCAGAAAGUACAUAUUAUUUAUUACAAGAGAAAUAUAAAAAACAAAUGUUAGAAAGAAUUGAAAAUGAAAAAAAAGAACAAUUACGUAAAUAA